AUGUCAAAAGAUGCCAAAGGUAAAGAUGCUAAGGCUCACGAUCCAAGCGCUUUCAUGAAAGAUUUUAUAGCAGGCGGAGUAUCUGCCGCUGUAUCAAAAACUGCUAUGGCACCAAUGGAACGGGUGAAACUAAUUUUACAAGUACAACACGUCUCCAAACAAAUAUCAGAGGAUAAACGUUAUAAAGGCAUUGUGGACGCUUUUAUACGUAUACCGAAAGAACAGGGUUUAGGAUCGUUGUGGCGAGGAAACCUAGCAAAUGUUAUUCGAUAUUUCCCCACACAAGCUCUGAAUUUUGCGUUUAAAGAUGUGUAUAAAGGCAUGUUUUUGGAGGGCGUUGAUAAAAAUGCGCAAUUUUGGAGGUAUUUUGCUGGAAACUUGGCAUCUGGCGGUGCGGCCGGUGCUACGUCUUUGUGCUUCGUCUAUCCUUUAGAUUUUGCACGGACGAGAUUAGCUGCUGAUGUCGGGAAGGGCAAGGCCAAAGAAUUCAAUGGGCUCGUAGACUGUUUAAUGAAAACAUUGAAAUCAGAUGGUCCAAUUGGCUGGUAUCGAGGUUUUGUUGUAUCAGUACAAGGCAUUAUAAUCUAUCGAGCUACAUACUUCGGCUUAUAUGACACAGCUCGGGGAGUACUCAUCACAGAUCCAAAAAAUACUUCUAUAUUCUUCUCAUGGGUUAUAGCUCAGACUGUAACAACAAUUGCCGGUAUUGCAUCAUAUCCUUUGGACACGGUGCGGCGACGCAUGAUGAUGCAGUCAGGUAGACCUGUUAAUGAGCGUCUAUACAAAAACACACUCCAUUGCUGGGCUGUUAUAAUGCGUACAGAAGGGCCUGGUGCAUUCUUCAAAGGUGCCUUCUCCAACGUCCUUCGAGGCGCUGGUGGUGCAUUUGUGCUCGUUUUGUAUGAUGUUAUUAAAAAUCUUCUCUAACA